AUGUCGGAGAGUGCGGACAGUGCGCUCUCUGUGGCUCAGCUCAGAGACAUGGACGUGGACGCGAUUGAUGAUAAGGAGUUUGACAUUCCUCAAGUGGAUACCCCUCCCACUCUGGAGAGCAUCCUCAAUGAGUCUGAGGAGGAGGAUGCUCCAUUUGUACUGGAGGACACCUGCUUGUUGAACACAGACAAUAUGGACGCUCACUCCUGUGACACCUCAUCUCUGGCCAGCUCUGACAGUGGCGACCCAACCAAUCUUAAACGGAGGAAGAAGGCACUGGACGUGAAUGCUGCUGUGCACGGUUCUGUUCUGAGGCACAGUUUGCUCAAAGGCAUCUCCGCACAAAUAGUUUCAGCUGCUGACAAAGUUGAUGCUGGUCUGCCAACUGCUAUAACAGUGGCGGGUGUAGUGGCUGUUGGAACUUCACAUGGUCUUGCGUUAGUAUUUGACAGUAACCAGGCUCUCCGUUUGUGCCUGGGGUCCAAAAGCACUGGGGCCGAAUUUGGAGCCGUUUCAGCUUUGAGCAUCAACCAUGACUGCACACGGCUGCUCUGUGGUUUCGCCAAGGGACAGAUUACGAUGUGGGACUUGGCCAAUGGAAAACUGUUGAGAUCUAUCACAGAUGCCCACCCUCCAGGAACUGCAAUUUUGCAUGUGAAGUUCACAGAUGACCCAACCCUGGCAGUCUGUAACGACAGCGGAGGCUCCGUGUUCGAGUUGGCAUUCAGGCGGGUGAUGGGAAUGCGCUCGUGUGACUCCAGAUGCCUCUUCAGUGGUUCUAAAGGAGAGGUGUGUUGCAUUGAACCACUCCGGACCCCCCCAGAUUUCAGAGAUCACCCCAUCACUCAGUACUCUCUGCUGGCGAUGGCCUCUCUCACCAAGAUUCUGGUGAUUGGAUUAAAACCAACUCUCAAAGUCUGGAUGACCUUUCCUUACAGCAAGUCAGACCCCUCUAGUGUCCCGCAGCUUGCCUGGCAGUUCGUUCCAGUUCAGAAAAUUGUCAACCCCAUCUUGGCCUUUUGUAAAGGAGAUACAGUCCACUUCCUUUUGGUUAAGAAGGAGGAGUCAGGCACCAUCCAUGUCAUCAAACAGAAACAGCUGCAGCUCACCUGUGACCUCAUCAGCCUCAGUUGGAUUAACAGCCGUACUCUUGUUAUGGUGGAUAGCCACGAGAAGCUCCAGGUGGUGGAUAAACCCAGUCAGGAGGUCCUGGAGAUUCUGGACCUGGAGCAGGUUCAGCUGGUCUACAACAGUCGACACUUCAAGUCUCUGGCAACAGGCGGGAAUGUGUCCCAGGCUUUGGCUCUGGUCGGUGAGAAGGCCUGUUACCAGUCAGUGUCUAGCUAUGCUGGACAAAUUAUGUAUUUAGGCACCAAGUCUGCUCAUAUGAUGACUCUAAGAAGCUGGAGAGAACGUAUAGAUUGCUUGCUGAAGCAGGACAGCUUUGUGGAGGCCCUGUCUUUGGCCUGGUCGUUCAAUGAGGGAACUGCGAAAGCUGUAGUUGGCCUCUGUGCAGAUCCAGUGAAAAGGAAAAGCUUAGUGGGUGAUAAGAUGGUGGAAAUUCUGUUGCAAUUUACUGAACACGCUCUUAAAAAGUGCCCAGAGCAGGGAAAAAUACAAGUGAUGGAGCAGCACUUCCAUGAAAUUGUUCCCGUCCUGGUGGACCACUGCCUCCUGCUUCAAAGACUGGACUUACUGUUUAAUCAGCUCUACAGCCGACUGCAGGAGAAUGUUGUGGCGAAGGGUGUGUUCCUGGAAGUGUUGGAGUCCUACAUUGUGGCAGAUCGUUUGGGUCACCUGACCACACCUAUUAUGAAGGACCUUCUUGCCCAUUACCAUGGCAAUGGCAUGAUGGACAGCCUCGAGAGGUGCAUUGUGCAUCUGGAUGUGACCAGCCUGGACAUCCAGCAGGUUGUAAAUGUCUGUUGGGAUAAUAAACUCUAUGAUGCGAUGAUGUAUGUCUUCAACAGUGGCAUGAAUGAAUACAUCACACCUUUGGAAAAACUUUUUUCAGUGAUAGGUCCCCCUCUCAGAGAGGGUCGAAGUCUGACUGAUGAAGAAGUGAUAAUGGGCAACAAGGUCCUUGUUUACAUAAGCUGCUGUCUGGCUGGGAGGGCUUAUCCUCUGGGAGACAUCCCUGAAGAUCUAGUGACGCAGGUCAAAAAUCAGAUCUUUGACUUUCUGAUUCGCCUGCACUCUGCGGACAGCACAGAGGAGGAGGACGUGUUCCCAUACAUCCGCACUCUGCUUCACUUUGACACCCGCGAGUUUCUCAACGUUUUGGCCAUGACGUUUGAAGACUUUAAAAAUGACAAACAGGCUCUAGAGUACCAGCAGAGAAUAGUUGACAUUCUUCUUCAGGUGGUGGUGGAUAACGCAGACUUCACUCCGUCUCAAGUCGGCUGUCUCUUUACCUUCCUGGCUCGACAACUGGCCAAACCAGACAACACAUUAUUUGUCAACCGUAAUCUUUUUGAUCAGGUGUUGGAGUUCCUCUGCAGUCCAGUGGACGACUCCAGACACACCGAAAGGCAGCAGGUGCUGUUAGAGCUGCUGCAAGUAGGGGGAGUGGUGCAGUUUGAUGAAGAGGGACUUUUGACUUUAGCUGAAAAAGCCAAGUUCUUCCAGGUCUGUGAGUUUUUGUACGAGAAGAAACACCUGUAUGACAAAAUCCUCGACUGCUACUUAAACGACCCUCUGCGGAAGGAAGAAAUCUUCAGCUUUGUACACAACCUACUUUCAAUGCCAGGUUAUAGUGCAGAGGAGAAGCAGGCCGUGAGGGACAAGGCUCUGCAGCAUAUGAAGGAACUGGUGUGUCUGGAUGCACAGAAGUCCUCUGAUCUUGUCUUCUUUCACUUUUCUGAGGAUGUGCACUCAAUUCUGUCCCUUCUGGAGGAGGAAAAUAUCCAGUUUAAUCUCCUGAGUUGUCUCCUUGAACCAAGAGAUGGCUCUUGUCAGGCUCUCAGUCUUUCCCAGGACCUGGCCCUGCAUGAGCUCUUGUUAGAACUGAUGUGCCGCUUUGCCCCAGAGCAGCUGCUGGGUUUCCUGCAGAGCUGCCAGCAGUACAGACUGGAGGAGGCCAUUCAGAUAACUGACAAGUACCACCACAGUGAGGCCACUGCCUACCUGCUGGAAAGGAGGGGCGAUGUCCAUGGAGCAUUCAACAUCCUUUUGGAGAUGCUGAAAGGGAAGCUGCGAGUGUUGACAGACAACCAGACUGAAGGAAGUCCGGGGGAGGCGUCUGCGCGCAGAGAUCUGGAACAGGCUCUGAACACGGUCAUUGAAUUGUGUCAGCGGAGCUCUCAGGGUCUGAACCAACAGCAAACUGAGGGUUUGUGGUUCCCUCUUCUGGAGGCGAUGAUGGCUUCACAAAAAAACGUGACUGGAACAAGCAGCAAACACAUCUCUGAAGUUCUUAAGGAGCUGACCAUGAGCGUCCUCAACAGCAUGAGUAGUUUCAUCUCCCUGCCGGCUAUUAUCCAGAGAAUACUACAGGAUCCUGUUUAUGGAAGGGGAAAGUUGGCAGAGAUUCAGGGGCUCAUCCUCGGCAUGCUUGACACAUUCAACUAUGAGCAGACAUUGCUUGAAACCACCACAAGUCUUCUGAAUCAUGAUCUCCACUGGUCCCUGGCUCACUUGCAUUCAUCAGUCAAACGAGGGCUCCACCCUCGACAGGACAGCUGCAUCAUCUGCCUGCAGCAGUACAAGAGGAAGCAGGACAGCACCGAGGAGAUCAUCGUUUUCAGUUGUGGACAUCUGUAUCACGUGCAGUGCUUACAGCAGAAGGACUGCAGCUUUGAGCAGUUUCCUCAAAACAAACAGUGGCGCUGCUACAAAUGUUCCAGUCAGGGGGGCCGUGCUGUGCCCCCCUGCCAGCCCAAGAGGGGGCGCACGGCCUCCUUAGCACAGACUCGAGUCACGUCAAUCCACCAUGAAGCAGAGUCGGAAAGAAAAAAGUUUUUUGUUGAAGCCACGUUAGAUCCUCAUCAAGAACAGUCUUGGGACCAGCUGCGUUCCUUGUACCGAGGACCUUCACGGCUGUCCAUCCUCACUGAGCUGAGCCACACUUCAGAGAAGUCCGGGCUCCUCAUGUCUGCGCAGUCUGCAGCCGACUUCCAACUCAAACUCUCACCACCUCCUCUAGUGGAGGAGUAA